AUGGAACGGUCGAAGCUCACCACUUCGUCUCGUUCAUUAUCAGCAACGUCCUUGAAGGAACGCCUUUCUGCCCUCACGCCUCUCAAACCGAUAACCGAUUCAUUACACGCCAACAUAGACUUCGUCCCAGUCGGUAUACCACGAAAAAGAAGAUUGCAGACGCUGGCUGUUGCAGUUUGGUCGACAUUGAUCGCUCUGACGCUAGUUCUCUAUCUUUUGCUCUGGUCACUUCCACCUCUUUGGCCGUUUCUUACAAUAUACUUCAUCUGGGUUCGGUGGAUUGACCAGAGUCCGGAGAAAGGUGGACGAACGAGUCCAUGGUUUCGUAAAUUGAGCUUUUGGAGGUAUUUUGCGGAUUAUUAUCCAGCAUCAGUCUUGAAGGAAGCUGACCUUCCCGCGGAUCGUCCUUAUGUUUUUGGAUAUCAUCCUCACGGAAUCAUUGGAAUGUACGUCGCUUUACUCACACAGCACGCCCACUCUGAAACUCGGAUUAUCAGGGGAGCACUCACUACAUUUGCCACGGAAGCUACUGGUUUCUCCACCGCCUUUCCUGGAAUCAAACCGCACCUAUUGACGCUCGCGAGUAACUUCAAAAUGCCCAUAUACCGGGACAUCCUUCUUGCGAUGGGAAUAUGCAGUGUUUCGAAGUCUUCCUGUAAUAAUAUCUUGAAAGCUGGACCUGGAUCAGCUAUCACCAUCGUUGUUGGAGGGGCUGCGGAGAGCUUGAGUGCACGACCAGGAACGGCGGAUCUUACGCUUCGCAAACGACUUGGGUUCAUCAAAGUCGCAAUUCAACAAGGGGCUGACCUCGUUCCUGUGUUCUCGUUUGGAGAGAAUGACAUAUAUGAACAGAUGCAUAAUGAGAAAGGAACGACAGUGUAUGCUAUCCAGAAAAAGUUUCAGGCUGUGUUCGGAUGGACGUUACCACUUUUCCAUGGGCGAGGCUUGUUGAACUACAAUCUUGGUUUGUUACCGUACAGAAGACAGAUCGUAGUAGUUGUCGGCAAGCCCAUACAUGUAAAACAAUCGGAUAAACCCCAGAUAGAAGACGUCAUGGAAGUACAGAAGUUAUACAUCGAUGAGUUGACGAGGAUAUGGAAUUCGUACAAAGAUCAGUUUGCGAAAGCCCGGACGAGGGAGUUGAGUAUCAUUGAAUGAAGGGAUUAUGUGGGAUUGGGAAACCUCGAAACCGCGGAUGGACAAUUGUAUGAUAGAUACUGGCUUAAUUAGAUUUCGGAGUGUUCGCUUGCAGUUCCGGAGGUAAAAAC